GCUAUGUCAUAGCGCCGCGACAACCCGGGACGGGCUCGGCGGGUGACUCCGCCCCCUCGGACCUGGCCAAGAAUCGUCUCCGACAGUACCCCGCGAUUCUUGAGUCUCCCCCACGUCCCCUUCUCAAACUUGGCCAGCACCUGGACUCUGACCCAGGUAGAGUCACUUCGUCCCGCCUGUCGGCAGGAAUGAAAAGUUCUCCAACUACCGUAUUUUUAAAGGCCUGGAGAACUAAACCUAGCCGGGACUUCAGAGGCACUGUGGUCUGCAGGUAAAGCGUACCUGACCUGGAAGCCAUUCCCUGGCUUGGCCGCAUUGGGACAGGACUGUGCCAACCUGGGCCAGAGCUCCAAAUACUCAAAGAUUUUACGUGAUCCAUCCCUGAGGAGCUGCCUUGCCAGAACCCCAACCUAGUUAGCUCCACUCACAAGGUCGCAGCAGGUGUGUCCCAUCCAGCCUUCUUACCCUGGGCUUCCCAAAAGGAACAGUCAGCCUAGCCUGGAGCCCGAGUUCAGUUGUCCUCCACUGAAACUUGUCUCCCCUCAAAGGAUUCCAACCUUGGCUACCUUUCCUAUCUUGACGGGAUCCCUUCUCCAGACACAGUCUGUAGGCUUCCUUCAAAGCUACUCUUUGCUUCACAGAUAACCCCCUUUACCUGAGUUAUGGCAGCGCUCAUGAAGGGCCAAGUGUGUGUGGUAACUGCCUCCAGGGGUAUUGGCCGUGGCAUUGCCUUGCAGCUCUGCCAAGCAGGUGCCACAGUUUACAUAAGUGGCCGCCAUGAGGACACCCUUUGGGUGGCUGCUGAGGAGCCACAAUCCCUUGGAGGCUGGUGUGUGCCUGUGGUGUGUGAUUCAAGCCAGGAGAAUGAAGUGCGAAGCCUAUUUGAACAAGUAGCUCAAGAACAGAAUGGGCAUCUGAAUGUGCUGGUCAAUAAUGCCUUUGCUGGGGUUCAGACACUCCUGAACACUACCAGUAAGACAUUCUGGGAGCUCCCUGCCUCCAUUUGGGAUGAUGUCAAUAAUGUGGGACUCAGAUGCCACUACCUGUGCUCAGUGUAUGGGGCAUGGCUGAUAGUACCAGCUGGUAUGAGGCUUAUUGUGGUCAUCUCUUCCCCUGGGGAACUGCAGCACAUGUUCAACGUCCCCUAUGGUGUCGGGAAAGCUGCAUGUGACAGACUGGCUGCUGACUGUGCCCACGAGCUGUGGCGCCAUGGAGUCAGCUAUGUAUCUCUACCAGGGAUGAUGCAGGCAGAACUGCUGAAGGAUUUUAUGGCAAAGGAUGAGCCAUUUAAGGAUCCUGUGUUUAAUCAGUUCAAAUGAGUUUUCUCAGCAGCAGAAACCCCAGAAAUGAGUGGCAAAUGUGUGGUGGCAUUGGCAAUAGACCCUGAUAUCCUGAGCCUGAGUGGGAAGGUGCUGCCAUCAUGUGACCUUGCUCAACAUUAUGGCUUAAAGAUCCAGGGCUGCCCUGUCCACAACUACUUAUCUGUGAGCUCUGCUCCCCAACAUGUCUCCCCCCUGGGCUGGUUGGCCUCCUACUCGCCUGGCUUCCUUCAAACGUUUAAGUGGAUUAUCACCCUCUGUACCAGCAAGUCCUGACCCUUCUGGCCUGACAUCAGAGUUAUGCCUCUCUUCCCACUUAGGCUCUUGGAUUUGCACCUAUCUCAGUGGAGCGAAGUGGCCUUACUCUCCUACCAAUGCCCCUGGUUUCUGCUGGGCAUCCAUGGUGAGUUCUAGGGUCCUUGAGAGAACCCUCUAUGUGACUGGGUUUUCCUGUCCUUACCUUUAACUUUUUGUUUCAGUAUCAAAAAAUGCUCUGGAGGCUAAUAAAGGUUCUCACUUCCCCUUCAGUGUGUUGUGAAUGCUGAUUCUGUGCUUAGCAAAGCACAGUAAAUACUUAGAACAGUACUUGGGGAAAAGAGUCAAAGAUAUACAAAUGGGUGGGUUCUCAAAGGCUAUGUUCAUAGGACAAGGCCCCUUUCCUCCAUCCCUGUUCCUGCUCUUCCUUACAAGCCUGUUUCCUGUGUCCUGGCUGGGGAACAGGGUCCCUCUGACUAGGAGCAUCCAGGGUCACUCUGCUUUUAUCCCUCAUUCCACCAUCUCUCCAGGGUGCCUGCUGCUUUCUAGCUGGGCCUGAUCUCUGAGUGAGAUCCAAUCCACCAAGGGAAAUAAAUAAAUAAAUAAAUAAAAAUUUUUAAAAGGGCCGGGAUUUUA